GGCAUUGCGGUUCUGGUUGGUUGGCUUACUAACGCAGGCGGAGGCGUGCGUUUCAAGCUAUGCAUGAAAAGUCCGGUGAAAAUGCCAACGGGAAUUACAAGAAAGAAGCCAACGCUGAGAAGCAACCACCAUCAGAUGGAAAAUUGGAUACCGUUCCAACGCCGCUGCAACCAACCGAACCAGCGCAGUCGACACCAGCCGAGUCCGCGCCCUUUAAAGUGAGCAAAACGCUCAAGACUACAACGCAUGUAGAGACUAACACAGUGGUCACAACCAAUGCUACAACUACAGCUACCUUAACAAUCACUGCCACAGCCGCCGCCACCCUCAGCAAAGCUAACAAACCGAUAACUGCCACAAUCACCACCGCAACCGGUAAAGAGAUAAUACCCAGCGCACCGCCUAGCAAUUACUGUAAUCGUCGCACUUGGAUUACAACCGAUCGACUAAAUGAGUUACGUCGCCGCGCACAAGAGGCGGUCAAGCAGAAUAAAACCUUCACCAUACGCGGCUCUUUUCAUUCCGUACGCAAUGCGCUUGUGGCACGCGGUUGGAUUGAAAAAUUGGACGUGCAUCGCAAACAAAUACCAACGGGUGUGUGUCAAGUGACAUAUGACGAUUUGGCGCAAGAUUUGCCCAAACGCAAACCGGGCGAGACGCGUCGUCAGUAUAUUGCCAAAUGUGAACGUAAUAUUAUGUCGCGCUUUCUUGAACACAUGCCUAUCGACUUUUUAUGGACGAAUCGCAAGGAGAAAUGUGACUAUAUAGACCAAGCUAAAAAUCCGGGUAUGAUUAUUAAUAAAUUUCAUCGCGCGCCAUUCACUUCCAAGGAGGGUUUGUGUGCACAACUGAAGGACUUCCAUUGGUUUUACGAGGAGGGUAUGUCUGAGUUGUAUUUUCCACGUUGUUACAAUGUUUGGAGCCUGGAAGAGUUGGCCGAAUUUAUGGAUAAUUUCAAGCUCACUGCAUGUAUUGCAUUCAUACGCGUCGUUGUGGAUCGUUACCGUCGGAAGGGUCUCGAUUCGGUUUUCUCCACCAUGGGCACUGUACCAUAUAAUAGCAUAGAUUUUGCAAUUAAGCGUUGCAGCGAUUACUUGGAUAGUUGUCAACACAAAGAUAUCGAUUUGGAUGAGCUAUCACGUGUGUGGGAACAUGAAUGGGAUGUCUUUUUUCAUCAGCAUCAGCAGGUCGUAACGGAGGAAGCGAAAAUAUUUACAGAACCUACACGUGCUCCUGAGUAUACGAUAAAACUGACUAUACAACUGUUGGAGCAUCUGCAAAACUUUUGGCCGCAAUACACCUUGGAUGGUUAUCAGAAUUUGUGGAUUGUAAAGCCGGCAAAUAAGUGUCGUGGACGUGGCAUACAAUUGAUGGAUAAUUUAAAGAAAAUUCUAGUGCUUGUAAAUCCGUCCAUAGGUUCGAAGAGUCGUUAUGUGGUGCAAAAGUAUAUAGAACGACCGCUAAUUAUUCACCAUACAAAGUUCGAUAUACGCCAGUGGUUUCUCAUAACCAACGUACAACCGCUGGUUGUUUGGAUGUACAAGGAGAGUUAUCUGCGCUUUAGCUCGCAAGAGUAUAGCUUGAGUAAUCACCAUGAAUCAGUGCAUCUGACGAAUCAUGCCAUUCAGAAGAAGUACAACAACGGUAAGCGCGAUAAACGUUUGCCCGUAGAGAAUAUGUGGGAUUGUUACUCGUUUCAAGCUUAUCUGCGUCAAAUCGGCAAACAGGAUAUGUGGCAGGAACGCAUCUAUCCGGGCAUGAAGAAAGCCAUUGUGGGUACGAUGUUGUCGUCGCAGGAAAAUAUGGAUCGUCGUCCGAAUACUUUUGAAUUGUUUGGUGCAGAUUUUAUGAUAUGCGAGAAUUUCUAUCCUUGGCUAAUUGAAAUCAAUUCAAGUCCCGAUUUGGGUGCGACAACCAGUGUGACGGCGCGUAUGUGCCCCCAAUGUCUGGAGGAUGUGAUAAAAGUUGCCAUUGAUCGACGCGUGGAUCCCAAAGCGGAUAUGGGUAACUUUGAACUUAUCUACCGCCAAGUGGUACCACCAACACCAGCCUAUAUGGGUCUCAAUCUCUUCGUUAAAGGCAAACAAAUCAUUACCAAAGCGCAACAUAAUCAUCAUCAUCACCACUAUCUUCAUCAGCAACGUGAACGUCCAUUACUCAGCGGACAUAAUUACAGACAUCGUGCCACCAUCACACCAGCCAUCUCGAAUGUGCACAAGGCUAUGCCCACCUUCAAUGCUACCGAGUAUGUGGAGAAGUAUAUAAUGGAGGCGGGAAAUAGCAGUCGCAGCAGCAUAAGUGGCGGCCUUGUUGGAGGUAUCACCGCUUUGGGUGCAGUCAUUCACACUUCGCCCACACCAAUGCAAAUGUUGCAAAAUGCACGUCGCAAAUAUCAUGUAACACCGCAAACGCCUGCUAUGAUCUGUCCAAAUCUAUUGAAAACGCCACGCACACAGGUUGGCUUACGUCGUAAGUCGUUCACGAAUCUCUCCGGUAAAGCUAAUACCAUGCCCACAACUACAAAAGAUCAGGAAACGGCUGUACCGCUUAUGAAGCGGCACCGCAGUUGUGGACCACGCCUUAACACUGCCGUCGGAGCGGGCUGCACGAAUAAUGAAAGUGAUAAAAAUUUUAAAUUUAUUAUUAAGAAAUGUACCAUCCCAACGCCGGUCGAGGUCAAUGAUCAAUUGCCCAGUCAAGUCGACGCACUAGCGGCCGCGGUCAGUAUUUCGGCGCACGCGAACAAAAGUAAAAGCGUUGACAAUAUUGUGGAAAUGUUACGUAGGUUAAAAGGUCAGCCGCAGUCAUUGACAUUGCCACAAACACAAGGGUCAACACAGAUGGCACGCAGUCGAAGUGUAGUGCAUGAUUUGACCACAGGCGUAAACGAAAAAUCAAUCAAGUCCUUGCUGGUAAAACAAACGAAAUCCAACACGACUGACGCGUCUCAACUCGCAGCAAAAAUGACGGCUUCAGCUAGUAUACGCACAGUCGGACGCAAGCUUGUGACUUGGCGGCGUUCGAGGCGUCAUAACGUUCGACUAGCCGCUAAUGCCAGCAACACCAAGUCCGCUAGCAGCGUUUACGUUUGCAAAAAGACGCCAAUAGCGUUGAUCGGUGUUGCGCCCACAGCAGCGACCUUAACUGUUGCGGAACGUUCACGCAAUUCAUCUGUGAACUUUCAAAAGCCAGCUUCAAUAACAAACGCCGUAGCAAAAAUCUAAAGAAACGGUACAUACGCAAAUAUAUACGUACAUAUAUCAGAGUAACAAUUGUUAUAUUAUAUAAAAAUUUUAUUAUUGUUCCACUUAGUUAAUUUGUUCUUAACUGUUAUAAAAUGGCAUGCGUGUUUUAUUAAACUUUUGAACAU